AUGCAUGCCUUUCAGCAGUUGGCGCCACCUCUAAUGGCUGCCAUCCGCAAGAAGCUCGUGAUCGUUGGGGAUGGUGCCUGCGGUAAGACCUGUCUCUUGAUUGUGUUCAGUAAGGACCAAUUCCCUGAUGUAUAUGUGCCUACUGUCUUCGAGAACUACGUCGCAGACAUUGAAGUUGACGGGAAACAGGUAAUUUAUACUUUUAGUUUUGAUGUUUUAGGUAUAAUGGGAGCGAAAUCCGACUUUAUUACAAAGACGGGAUAAGUUCUGAUUUGCGAUAUUUGAAUUUCAUCUUAUACCAGGAUGCAGACUAAUGUACGUUAUUUCAGGUGGAGCUUGCUCUUUGGGAUACUGCCGGACAAGAAGAUUAUGAUAGACUACGACCUCUCAGUUAUCCAGACACAGAUGUUAUUUUGAUGUGCUUUAGUAUCGACUCACCAGACUCUUUGGACAACAUACCAGAAAAGUGGACCCCCGAAGUAGGUUUAACAGAAUGUUUGAGGCGCUCGGCAUCUUUAAUCACACUUGGUUAUGGUUUAAUAUUUGCUCUUAUAGGUACGCCACUUCUGUCCGAAUGUCCCAAUAAUCCUCGUCGGAAACAAGAAAGACCUACGGACGGAUCCACAAACCAUCAGGGAUCUUGCCAGAAACAAGCAAGAGCCUGUGAAAACCGAGCAGGCCAAAGCCAUUGCCGACCAGAUCGGCGCCUUCGCAUAUCUCGAAUGUUCUGCCAAAACCAAAGAGGUAUUUAUUUUUCAGUUUUGUGUCAUGCAUUUAGGAAAAACCGGGGCAACGUGACUAAAUUUAUUGACCAAAAUGAUGAAAGAUUUUGAUGAGUCAUGGCUAGGUUCUACCGCUAGGGUUACGGUUCUUUUAUUAUUUUAAGAGAUGGCUUUGGAUCGGAUUUCAAGGAUGUUUUAAAAAGUAUAUUUUUGCACUACAGGGCUCUUAUCUGAUUUACGGAUAUACUUUUUCGUCAGGCCGAGGUUCUCGCUUUAUUAUACUUUCAACACUGACAACGAUUAUGUAUCGAUCAUUUCAGGGUAUCCGUGAAGUGUUUGAAAAAGCGACACAGGCCGCGCUGCAACAGAAAAAGAAGAAAAAACAGCGAUGUGACAUCCUGUGA